CCUUUCAACACCUUCCUUCGGCAAGAGACACUCCGUCAUCCUCUUCCGGCUCCUUUGACAGUCAACUCAGUACGGUAGAUUGCGUCCACUACCGUCACUUACUCAUUUGCUUCCCCCUUUCGAAACAGCAAGGGUAAUUACAGUAAACCACUCGUUCCAAUUUUCACCCAAUGGCUGCUCCAAGCAAGGUAACCCCCGCCCCCCGCUUUCAUCUAACUCCAUCGCAUAACAAUUCCCAGUUCUCCCUCCACGGUCGAACCGCCCUCGUAACCGGCGGUUCCCGCGGGUGCGGUCUCGCCUUUGCCGAGGGCCUUGCAGAGGCCGGUGCCGACAUCGCCGUCUUCGACAUAAUCCCCCCAACCCCUGGCUUCCUCACAAUCCCCGAGCGCUUCGGCGUCCGCGCCGUGCACUACCACGCUGAUGUAGCCUCCUCUGACUCCCUCGCUGCGGGCUUUGAGUCCUUUAAAAAAGACUUUGGCGGCAAACUUGAUAUAUGCGUUCCCUGCGCUGGCGUCAACAAGAACGUCGAAUUCCUGGAUAUCACUUGGGAAGACCACGAGAAACUACUGAGCGUUAAUGUCAUGGGGGUCUACCAUACUGCCCAAUUGGCUGCGAAGACUAUGAUUGAGUGCGGGACCAAAGUUGGGAGUAUUGUUGUGGUUGCUAGUAUCGCGAGUUAUAUGGCUAUUCGGAGCCAGAACAGCAGUGCGUAUUGUGGAACUAAAGGGGCGGUGAGGGCGAUGGUGCCCGGCAUUGCGGCGGAGAUGGUUAAAUAUGUUUGCGGCCACCUCUUCCUUAUUUCCUCGUCAUUUCUCGUGAUGGCUGGUGAAUGGACGGGGGCUGAUCAAUGUUCGAUGGGCUAGUGCAUCCGGGUAAACUCGUUAUCGCCGGGAUAUGUGCGGACUGAAAUGACCGCUCCGUUCCCGCACUUGCUGGAAUCGUGGAAGGACGAGAUUAUGAACCGCCGCGUUGCAGAACCGGAGGAUAUUAAGGGUGCAUGUGUGUUUUUGGCCAGUGACGCUAGCGCUUACAUGACCGGGCAGGAUCUAUGUGUCGAUGGGGGCGUUACAAAAUGGUAAUAAUGGGGUGGUAGGUCUCUUUUUAAUGAAUGGGAUCUCUCUCGUUACUUUGAAAUUAGUGACCGCGGAUCCGUUGACUUGUCCAAGCUAUUUAUUUCGCGAUACUUUGGGAUUGUUUUAUCUCCGUUUGGUAUGGCACUAGCAGCACGGGAGGUAUGGCAUAUAUGAUAGAAUAAUGUUCCUUUUUCUCCAGGACACCCAACAUCGAAAAAAGAAGAAGGGAAAAAACCUCAAAUAUGCGAGGAAACGGAUUCCUAGAGUAUAAUUCUGUUGUUUAUUAGUGGAACCAAAGCUCUGUUUAUGCGGGGAUCGUUCCUUAACUCAAUCUAUCUAAGCACAACUUAGUCCACUCUCGUGGAGUGAUAAAUACUUAGGUGUGACAUAUUUUACAUA